AUGGGUCGAAAGCGCGUCGAGGACGAGACGGACGCCGCGCUGCCGGCUCUGGACCCCCAGCCACAGCUGCCGUGGGGCAUGGAGAAGACUGAGAUGCAGCCGAGUUCCCUCACGUCUCUGACCGACGACAAGCUGGCGCGUUUCGUUCUAGGCCACCAGAAGAAGACCAAAUUCCAAAAGGAGCGAGAAGAUCGUGAAGCCAAGAAGCGACGAGCGGACGAAGAAGCUGCUAAGAUCUACGCGACGUUCGUAGCGUCGUUUGAUAAUGAAGGCGAGGCUCAAGGCAAGACGUUUGUGCGGUCCGCAGCAGCUCUGGGCGAUGGCCAAUCGACGCACGAGCAUGGCGAGACGUACCGGCUCGAAGAUAAAGAAGCUAAGGCGGGGUUAAGUGCUGUCUUCGCGGAAGAAAAAGAGCCGUUGAAAGUGUCGGAAAUGGACCAAACGGGGCUCGAGCUUCAGUUUAAAGAAGCAGACAAGAUGCAGCAGAGCGGGAAGGAUCUGACACAAGUGCAGAAGCCCAAAAAGCGACGAGCGAUUGAUGAGUUUCUCGAAGAGAUGAAGGAGCGCGGUCCGGCGCCUGUUUCGCUCGAGGGAACUGGCUUGGCGAAAGGAUCGUUCGACGACGGAAACCCCGAGACGACGAAUUUGUAUGUGGGAAACCUAGCACCGUCAGUUACCGAGGAAGUAUUGGAGGCAGAGUUUGGCCGGUAUGGAGACGUGUACUCGGUGAAAAUCAUGUGGCCUCGAUCAGAAGAAGAACGUGCUCGUAAACGCAACUGCGGCUUUGUCAGCUUUUACGAGCGACGUGACGCUGACGACGCACGCGUCAAUCUGGACAAUAAGGAGUUAGAGGGUCAGCCUAUGAUUGUUGGAUGGGGAAAAGCGGUUGCAAUCCAGCCUCGGAAACACGCGCUUGAAGUUCCUCUUCCACCUGUAGUAGCCCUUCCAUCCGCCACUAACACGACAGCGGUGUCUGCUGUGAAGCAAACGGUAGCGGCCCAGCAGACGAUAACGGUCGAAAUGCCGACCGAAGAAACAAGGUGGCGCGUGGAUCACCUUGCGCGUUCGGCUGCUGUGAAGAAUGCGUCCCUCUUUCGCACGACGUUCCAAGAAUGCCUGCCAGAGGUGAUGCACAAGCUGCGUUGUGUGCACAAGAACAUCGGUGGUCGCAUGUCCGCAAAUGCGAUGAAGGAAAAGGUGAUGAAUGUGCUGUCUGCGUGGGAGAGCUGGAGUCUGUUUCCCCCAGCGGUGCUUUUAGGUCUUCAUGCUACAUUUCUACGAAAAACGGAAGAAGAGGAGUACCUUGCUGCGCGCAAUCUAAACGUCGAAGGCAUCGGGGAGGCGGAUCUAGAGCGAUUGCGGAAAACGUGCCGACAAUCGGGAGUUCUAAGCACGGGAGACGCAAAGCAGCUAGUAGCUCGUCUACAGUGGCUCAAGGAAUUUACUUCGCCGACCACGUCAAUUGAUCCGGGGCAGGCAGUAGCAACAAAAAAGCUCAGCGCACAUUCGAGCGACGAAGUCGUCACGCUGGGCGUGUCUAUGAGUCGCGCAGAUACUGCAAUCGCAAGAAGAAUGGAGGGAGUGGAUAGAGAGACAGCUGAGGUUGACGGGAAAGUAAGUGAUGAAGUGGCGGUCGGCGGAGAAGUUCUCGUCGAUGGAGGGCGCACGGUGGACGGUAGAGCCCGUGUUGACGGCAAUCCGAUGGAUGCAGAAGAGCUAGAUGGUGAACCGUUCGAUGAGGAUGUAGAUGAAGGCAAGUUAGCAGACGAAGACGAUCUAGAUGGCAAACCGUUGGACGAAGACGCGGAUGAAGGCGAGCCGGUAAGCGAAGAAGAUCUAGAUGGCGAACCGCUAGAUGAAGACGCAGAUGUGGGUGAGCCAGUGGAUGAAGCAGAUCCAGAUGGUGAGCCGCUAGAUGUAGAUGUAGGCGGACCGGAUAGCGAAUUGUUUGGUGGAGACGCGAACGAAGUCGAGCUGGACGGGGAGCCGCUGGAUAGUGACGAUUUGGAUGGGGUCCCGAUGGACGAAGAUUUGGACGCGGGGUCUACGUAG